AUGCCGCCAGUUAGAACGAGAGUGACCAAGAGAGCGUCCAGGAAGCGGAGGGAGACCAUGGGCACCCCAUCGAGAGGCAGAGGGCAUCGGUGCAGUCAAAGCACUAGGCCCAGGACAAAUCUCACGCCAACACGCCAGGCCCCGGCCGAGGGAACAGACGCCGGUGGAAUUCCCCCAGAAGCUCUUCCUCUGCCAUCCGAUACUAUACAACCUACGCUGACAUCACAAAUAGAUCAAAGCAUCCCUGAAAUCCCCAGCGGUGAGUCAAAUUUAUAUUUUUCAAGUCAGCCACUACAAGAAAUCAGUUGUUAUGAUUCCGGUUUUAAGUAUGGUUUUAAUCUCCAAUAUUUGGUCCCCAGGGCACCCCGUGAAUCUUGUAACCUCCCUAGCCUCAAGGCUAAUACAGUAUUAGCUGAAAGUAAAAUUAAAAAAGAAUUAGCAUUAAAACGAGUUGCAGGCCCUUUUGUUCACCCACCAUUUCCAAACUUGCAGGUCUCCCCCUUAGGCCUUGUGCCUAAAAAAGAUGGUGACAUGCGACUCAUACAUCAUCUCUCUUACCCAGAAAACAAGUCAAUUAAUGAUUUUAUUGACCCUGAAGCAUGUACAGUACAUUACAGCAAUAUAGAUCAAGCAGCAGAAAUGAUAGCUAAGGUGGGAAAAGGGGCCUAUUUAGCUAAGACGGACAUUAAGUCAGCAUUUAGACUGCUCCCAGUAUCCCCAGGUGACUUUGACCUGCUUGGUUUCAGAUUUCAGGACAAAUACUAUUUUGAUAAAAUGUUACCUUUUGGCUCUUCAAUCAGCUGCGCAUUAUUUGACAGGUUUGCAUCAUUCCUACAUUGGCUCACUCAAAACUACUCCCAAAAUGAUCUGAUAAUUCACUACCUUGAUGAUUUCCUUUUCUGCGGCCCACCAGGCACAUCCACUUGCCACAAUGCCUUAAAUGUUUUUAAAUCCAUAUGUUCAAAUAUUGGUGUCCCAAUUGCUCAUGACAAAAUAGUCGAACCUACACAAGUCCUAACAUUCUUGGGAAUAGAAUUGGACACGGUCAAUAUGACCAUGAAACUCCCCUCAGAAAAAUUAAACCAGAUUAAUGGCGUAUUAGAACACUUUUUGAAGGCAAAGAAAGUCUCCCUGAGAGAAAUGCAGUCACUUAUUGGCUUAUUAAACUUUGCGUGCAAGGUCAUCGCCCCUGGCCGGGCGUUCUGUCGCCGCCUUAUAAAUUCAACAAUAGGUAUUACUAAACAGCAUCACAGAAUAAGGGUAACAAAGAACAUAAAAGCUGACCUCACAGUAUGGAAAAUUUUUUUGCAAUCUUACAAUGGUAUAUCAGUUAUAUUUACCCAGCCCUGGAUUCACAAUGACACAAUUCAACUUUUCACAGAUAGCUCAGGCGGAACUAGUGGAGGGUUUGGUAUUUACUUUAGGGGGAAAUGGGCUUAUGGGGUCUGGCCAAGCCUUUGGGUUGAACAAGGUAUUACUAGGGACAUGACUUUCCUGGAACUUUUCCCCGUAGUGUUUGCUAUUAUAUUAUGGCAGAGCCACUUUGCCAAUUCCAGACUUGUCUUCCACAUUGACAACAUGUCAGUUGUCCACAUCAUCAACAACUCGACGUCUAAAUCUGAUAGGGUCAUGAAUCUUGUCCGCAAGCUUGUGUUAAUAUGCCUAAAGUCAAAUAUCUGUAUUAAGGCCUUAUAUAUCCCCACAAAACAAAACUUCAUUGCAGACUCCUUAUCUCGAUUUCAAUGGGGCAGAUUCAGGCGACUGGCACCGCAGGCAGACCUAGGGCCCACCCCACUACCAAGCCACAUCUGGGAAAUAUAA